UUACCUGGAGCCGUCGCCUGCGGAUAAUCCCCGAGUCGUCCAUCUUCCCCCAGCCAGCAGGCCCCGGGCGCCCCGGAGCCGAUCAUCCAGGGAAAGGUGCCAUGAGUGGCGGGGGCAACGUGUGGGCGCUGGCCAUCGGCUGGGCACUGGCCGUGCUGUGUGGAGGCGCUGGGGGCCUGGACAGCCGCUGCCUGGCUGGAGGAAAGCACAAGGCGGUGCCGAGCCCCGAGGGGCAGCUGGGCGUUUGCCAGCUCUACGCCGCCAAUGCCUGCUGCUCCCCCGAGGUGGCCCAGGAGAUCUCCAGCGCCCCACUCACCAAGGUCAACAACAGCUACUGGAAUCGCUGCGGGAGCCUCAGUCCCAGGUGUGAGAACUACCUGCAGCGGGUUGAAUGCUUCUACCGCUGCUCCCCCAGUGCUGCCCGCUGGCCCCACCCCCAGCGCCCCACAGCCAUCCUGGAGGUGCCCCUCUGCCUGAGCUUCUGUGAGGCCUGGUAUGAAGCCUGCAAGGAUGACCUGACCUGUGCCCGCAACUGGGUGAGUGACUGGCAGUGGGGUCCCCAGGGGAACAACUGCAGCCAGGACUGUGUGCCCUACAGCCAGAUGUACUGGGACGGCAGGGAGCUCUGCGAGAACAUCUGGGGCGACUCCUUCAUCGCCACCCAGGAGCCCUGCCCGUGCCUGAGCCUGACAGGCUCCGAUGCCGACCCGCUGCCCGAGGAUGGGGACAGCUCGGAGGAGCCUGACUCCACCAAAGCCGGCAGCCCUGGGGGGCCCUGUCCGGCCAGCAGCCUCCUCCGGCGCGGCCUGCAGAAGCGCUCCGUCUUCAUGGAGGACAUGGAGGGGAGUGGGAGCGGGUUCUAAACCCACUGGCCCCUCCCCCCAGCUCUCCCACUCCCUAGGAGAGUCCCUCCCGCACCGCUCACCCCAGGUGCCGGGGGAGGGGGGUGGGAAAUGCUUGUAAUCUAUGCAAACCCCCCAGCCCUGUGAUCGUCCCCCACGCACACCGUGACUGCUUCUCUGGCCCCUCCUGCACCCCAUCCAGCCACCUACCAGAGGGGGGGACCCACACAGCCCUCCUCUUCCCACAGCCAUAAGGCCUAGCUCAAAGGGGUGUUAGCUUCCCCUUCCCCUAGCACCCAGCUUCCCAGGGAGUUCCCGCUCACAACCAGCUCCCCCCCUGCCCCAGUCACAUAGGCCUGCAGGGAUGCAGCUGUGUCAUCCUCUUGCUAUACUGCAGAGAGGGAAACUGAGGCACAGAGAGGAACUGCCUGAGAGCUUAGUGUAGUACAGUAGCUCGGCUCUAAAUCCUCCCCUGCUCUAACCAUUAGUUUACCUUACUAGCCGGGGAUGGAACCCAGGAGUCCUGCUUCCAGACCCCACUCUGUUCCCACAGCCUGGGACAGAACCCAGGAAGCUUGCCGCCCUGCUCUAACCACUAGACAAUACUGCCCCCGCGAGAGCCCCACCUGCAGCCACCGGCUAAGCCACCUGGAGGCACUGCAGGCCAGGACCUCGAGUGGCUGCUGGCCAAAGGCUCAGGGCAGGGGAGGAUGCUGCGCCAGCUGACCCCCGCGCAGCCUUGACCCCCCACACUGGUGCCAGGUUAGUACCCCCCACCGAUAGGGAUCGACCCCUUGACACAGAGGAGGAGCUGAUGAUAAGUCAUGUCCAUUUGCUUCAUGCUGGGCCAACUCCUAAACUGCCCUACGAGGGUCAGCCAGCAGGGGGUGACAAAGAGCCCACUGACACCACCGGGGCAGCAGGGGGUGCUCUCCCCACGAGUCACUGCUGACCCCAAGGCCAGGCUCGGGGACACACUGUCCAUUCAACCCAGGCCAGGCUCCAGCCUUUGCACGGCGCCUGCAUGCUAAAGCUUGUUGUGACCCCUCACAAGCUAGUGCAGACAGAACCCACCAUGCUCAGCUGCAUCCAGCGGGCACGGGGGGGGGGGCAGGAAUUUAGCUGUGCAGAGUGAUGGCAUGCCCACCCAGGCCAGCGCUAGGGCUGCAAGGUGGGGGCUCUCCUCCAGGCCCCAGCAAGGCAGUAGGGGGCGCCGUGCAGCACAGGAGGCAGAUCAACGGGGCGAACAUUGGACACCGAUUCCACACCACAAGAGCCCUGAGACUCUGAGUAAGGAUCUGCCCCCCUGGCCAGGGGAGAAGGGGAAUCAGAGGUGUAGGGGGAAGAUCGUGCCAGUCUUUCAAGCCAGCCACCCUCAAAGCAGCCCCCUGAAAUGUCCCCUGCCUGCACUCAACCCUUCGCUCUGAGCGUCAGUUCCCACGGGGCCAUCCCGCCCAUUACCGUGCCCAUUUGGGAUUACGAGGGAAAAACGCUGUUCGAAAAGCAGAUGAUACUGUGGAAAGAAAUAAACGAAAAUAAAAACCUUUAAAAUUUG